AUGGCAAAGGCAGCGAGGAAAGGCGGCAAUGGCGGCAUCGCCAAAUCAGAUCCAUAUGCUGGUGCAGCGGCGCGAAAGGGCAAGGGCGGGAAGUCCGCCAACAACAUCUUCAAGAUGAACACAGACAUCGGCCAGCAUAUCCUCAAGAACCCUGGUGUAGCCCAAGCGAUCGUGGACAAGGCCGACCUCAAACAGUCAGAUAUCGUCCUUGAAGUCGGACCCGGAACCGGAAAUUUGACAACCCGCAUACUCGAGAAAGCAAAGCGAGUCAUAGCCGUCGAGCAAGACCCUCGCAUGGCGGCCGAAAUCACCAAACGAUUCCAAGGAACCCCUGCUGCAAAGCGACUGGAACUUAUACUGGGAGAUGUGAUUAAGCUACCGGAACUCCCAUACUUCGACGUCUGUAUCUCGAAUACACCAUACCAGAUCUCCUCACCCUUAACAUUCAAGCUCCUGGCUACUUCGCCCUCGCCUCGAUCAUGCGUACUCAUGUUUCAACGAGAAUUUGCCAUGCGACUGUUUGCAAAACCCGGCGAGAAGCUUUAUUCGCGUCUGAGUGUGAAUGCGCAGAUGUGGGCCAAAGUCGAUCAUGUUAUGAAAGUCGGACGAAACAACUUCAAUCCUCCUCCGCAGGUAGAGAGUAAUGUCGUGCGAAUAUCACCGAAGAAUCCGCGGCCACAAAUAAGCUAUGACGAGUGGGAUGGCUUGCUCAGAAUUGUGUUCGUGAGGAAGAAUCGAGUCCUGCGGUCUGGAUUUCUGGGCACGAGCACGGUCAUGGAGAUGCUGGAGUCAAACUACAGGACUUUCUGCGCACAACACGAUAUUCCACUCGAGGAUGGGCCUUCGGAAGCAGCUAUGACGGAGGACAUGGAUGUGGAAGUGGAGGCGCAAGACGAUGAGUGGGAUGGUAUCAUGGAUGUGGACGAGGACGAGGAUUUGCCGGACUUCUUCAAGGAGGAGAGGGAUAAGAAGGCUGAGAAGGCGCAGGGAAAUCCCAAUAGGAAGCGGAAGGGGAAGGUGGCAGAGCUGGUCAGGUCGAAGGUCAAGAAGGUGCUUGAGGUUGAGACGCAGUUGGCAGAUAAGCGAGCACGAUUGUGUGAUGAGGGCGAUUUCUUGCGGCUGUUGUAUGCUUUCAACCAGGAGGGCAUUCAUUUCAGUUAG